GCAUUUUCGGGCUAGGUUUCGUCGAGUUUCAAUAGAUUGCAACAUUUUGUCACUUCAUGCGUUGAUCCACAAGCAGUAGGUGGUGGUGACAUACACGAUUUCUGCAUAUGUCCUUGUUGGUGGUGAUUGCAGACCUAUACAGUAAUCCUGAGCUAGAACUUGUAUCAGUUAUAUGUAUGAGUGUGCAGUUGUAAGACACAAUGCCUCCAACGCUAUCCAAUCCUCAGCUGGGAGCAGGGACACUGGGAUUAUCCUCUAAGCCUGGUAAUCUUAAGAGUUCCACCCCAGUGAUUGGAUUAAAGUCCUAUCAAUCAUACCUGUCCAGCAGUCAUGCUCUACUGUUAUCUAACAACGAUGCACAAGUUCUGGAUAGCUCAAUCUGUGGGCAACCCCAGAGAACCUCUGCAGGACGACUUGACACAGCUGUCUUCCAGCGUCUACAGUCUUCCCCUGAUAUUCAAAGGAAGAAAAAAGAAAUGAUCUUGAAGAAGAAGAGGGCUGCCUCUAAGAAAAGUAAAACCCCUGUCCUAUCAGCAUCUAAGUGUUCAAAUGUUUUAUUGAAAACUAUUGAUUCAAGCUUGGUAGUCACCUCACCUGGAUUAAAGAAAACCUCACCUGGCUUAGUGAAGGCAUCACCUGGUUUAAUGACAGCCUCACCUAGGCAGACAAAGCUGACACCAGGUCUGAUGCAGAUGGAUAAAGGCCUAACAAAGACUUCAUCUAGUUUGCUGACUUGUCAGUCUGCCCUACUGAACAGCUUUCCUCAGAUGAAGAGUGCUACUCCCACCCUGGGAGUCACCACUCCCUGCAGGUAUUCAACACCUGUAACUACAUCCAAACUGAAGAGCUUGAGUAGUCCAGCAGGCCUGGAAAACAAACUUCUUCUGUCUACCACUGGGAGUGGAUUACGCAGCAGUGCUCUCUCUUCUCCCCUGUCCCUGCUGACACAGACUCCUGCAGGACAUGGCCCAUCUCCAAGUCUGACCAAAGAUUCAAAUCUUCUGAAGUACACAAGUACAACAGGUACGAAGGGUUGGGACAUGACAGAAGAUAACCGUUGGAUCAAACCUGGUGUGAAGAUUCAGAAAACAGCCUCAUCUGUCACACAAAAACUCAAGAAAUGGGAGAAAACGGAGAAGAGAUCCAGUGCUCCAGUUGGAUCAAAGAAAAUGAAUAGCCCAGAGAAGGCUCAUCUCAAGGAAGGAAGUAGAGACAAAGAUAUAGGAGCCCCAAAGUAUGAGAUGUUUAUCAAACUGAGUGAGGAUAAGGCUGUGCAGAUGCCGGCAUUCUCACCCUCCACUAGUGUCCCCAUACCUGUGCUAGAUACUUCCAGCAAAAAGAUGGCGCUUUUGAAUGCCAUCAGCUCCUCACUUAUUUGUUCACCAAACUUCAAGGAUGUCAAGGAUGAAUCUCGGGCUCAGCUUAUGGCCCUCGCAGAAAACAUAGCCCUGUAUGAUCCAGAAUUUGUUUUGAAGACUGCCUUGUAUACAAGACGAGAGCUAAACAUCCGGACUCCUGCCAACUUUCUGCUGGCAUUGGCGUCAAAUGUCCAUCCUUGUCGGACUUUCCUGAAAAAAUACUUUAAGGCAGCCAUAUGUUUACCAUCAGAUUGGAUUGAUGUGGCAGAGCUGUAUCAGGCAUUUUAUGACAAGUCCAUCAACUAUGGAUCACUUCCUGCUGCUCUCAGACGAGUCAUGGUCACAAAGUUUCCUGAUUUUGAUAAAUAUCAGCUAGCAAAAUAUAACAAAGACAAAUCAAAGAGUAAGAAGGUGAAGAUUGCAAAAGACAAACGACCCUUUGAUAAGACUAAAUUGAAGGAAAUAUCUGAGGCAGAGAGCUCAUCAGAUGAAGAAGGAGAGACAGAGGAUAACUCAGGGCGUUUAAAUCGGGUGGUCAGCACUGGUGAGGAGAGCGAGACAGAAGAGGAACUGGCCCAGAGAACCUUCACUCUUAAACAGCUCAUCCGCAAACUUCAUAUCACUGAACCAGUUGAACAUGUUAUGUGCUUGAUUGGAAAAAAGUACCCAGAAAGUCUUGAGGAGUUUUAUAAGAGUCGUUUGCCGGGGACUUGGGAAGAGGAGAGGUGUGGGAAGAGGAUGAAACUUCCCAUUCCUCAGACAUGGGAGACUCAGGUUUCACUCAAAGGGAACAAGGCAUCAACGUGGGAGGAGCUAAUAGACAUCAAGAAGCUUCCCUUCAUGGCCAUGUUGAGGAACCUGAGGAAUAUGAUCAAAGCAGGGAUAUCUCCCAAACAUCACAACUGGGUCAUACGCAAACUCAGCGACCAGGGAGCGGUUAUCUACAGCAAGCAGUUUCCAUUCCGAUUUUUCUCAGCUUACGAAAUCCUUGACCAACUGGAGGCAGAUUAUCACAAGAACCAGGAGGACAUAGUGAAACAGGCAGUAGAGGCCAAAACGGGAGAUGGGAGGAGAACCUGUCAACCCAGGCAGAAGUUGAAGAAAUCAGAGGAUGGCUCGGUCAAAUGGUGGCUAAAGAAGAAAGGGAAGAAGAAAGAUGGUGCUAUCAGUGAAGUGCCCUUUGACCUGAAACUGUUAGGGCGCUAUCGCAAAGCUCUUGACACAGCUGUCAAAAUUGCUACAGUGUACAAUGUUCAGCCAAUCAAAGGACGCACUCUGAUAUUAUGUGACGUAGGUAGCCAGAUGGAGUUGCCCUGCACGGCAGCAAGAGGCUUGGGCAAACCAAGACAGCUGAAGGAAGUGGGCCUGUUGCUGGGGCUGAUGUGUAAGUAUUCUUGUGAAGAAUGUACUCUUAUUCUAUACGACGACAACAACUUCACCUCCAUAGAUGUCGCCAAGGGAACCAUACUGGACAACAUGAACAUCAUCAAACAACUGGAUUUAGACAAACAGGAUUCUGCAGAGAAGACUGAGUUUGGAUUUCCUAAGAAAAAGCUAAUGGAAAUUCUCAGGGAUAGAGUUCAGGUGGACAACCUGAUCAACCUAUGGUCUGGGAUUGAUGACAGUGGUGACAAAGGGAGACUACUGGACGACUUCCUUUCAAAAUAUCGUCGCAUCGUUUAUCCAGACUUGUUGUUUGUAUCUGUGGCUCUGGCUGGAAAAUUUGCAAGAGUAGCUGGUCAUUCCUCUCACCCUAACAACAUCCAUGUCUCAGGCUACAGUGACCAGAUCCUCAGAUUUGUAGCAGAGAGAGGAAGUGGUGCCCAGCUGACCCAUGUGGAGAACAUUGACACUGCCUAUAACCUGGACAGUGUCCAGAUCUCACACCCAGAGAGGCUGUUAGCUUCCCCUCCCACCAACAGGCGCAUUGAGGCCACAAAGACAGUAAAUGCCAACCCCGUCCCAGUAUGGCGCACUGUUCGUGUGUUCAUAUCAUCAACGUUUAGAGACAUGCAUGGAGAACGAGACAUUCUCACAAGAUUUAUCUUCCCUGAACUGCGAGCUCGAGCAAAGAAACAUUUCAUCAACAUCAUAGACAUUGAUCUUCGCUGGGGUGUCACUGAGGAAGAGAGCAAGAACAGGCAAUCAGUGGAAAUCUGCCUCAGAGAAGUGUUCAAAUGCCAGUUUUUUAUUGGCCUACUUGGAGAGAGACAAGGAUGGGUCCCAUUGAACUUUGACCUCCCAGAUGACCCUGAAUUUGAUUGGUUGAAAGAUCAUCCCCAGGGUGCCUCCCUGACAGAGCUGGAAAUGUACGCGGGAGCUCUGCGUAAUCCUAAACAGGCUAAGGGACACGCUUUCUUUUAUGUCAGGAAUAAUUCCUUUAUCAGUGAUGUGCCAGAGAGUUACCGUAGUGACUUUGAGUCGGAGAACAGCGUGAGUAAGAACAGAAUGGACGAACUGAAGGAGACAGUGAGGCAAUCAGGACUCUGCUCAGACAAAAGUUAUCCAUGUAGCUGGCAGGGAGUGGUGGAUGGCAAGCCCUUUACUGGCAACCUGUCUGCGUUUGGGUGGAAGGUCCUGAAUGACUUGUGGGGAAGCAUUUUGAUGCUCUACCCAGAUGAGGAGAUAACCCAGGAUGAAGAACAACGCAUCAACAAACUUCAUCAGGCUGCAUUAGCCAUGCACACAGCCAAGUUUGUGGGAAGAAAAUCCCAGGUGAAACAGUGCCUGAGUAAGAUGGCUGACAACCAAUCAGGGGUGCUUAUCCUUACAGGGAAGUCUGGGACAGGGAAAUCUGCUCUGCUGGCUGCAGUUCAUGAGGAGUACAAGAGUCUAGUAUGUCAGGAUCCUGACAGUGUACUGGAGCAUGUGGUGGGAUCUGCCCCAGGUUCUACCAGCCUUACCCCCACCCUUAGGAGGCUGUGCACAGAGCUGCAGCACAGGUUUUCCCUGCCAACAGAUGUGCCGCAGGAGUACAAAAAUCUUGUACCCAAGUUCAAUGAUGUACUGAAAGAGUGUGGGAAGCGUAGUGCAGGUCCCGUGGUAGUCUUUAUAGAUGGGAUAGACUCUAUGGAUGACAGUCAUCAACCCUCCAACAUGGAGUGGCUGCCACAGCCCAUCCCACAGAAUGUGCUAUUUGUGCUGACCUGUUUGGAGCAUGGGCGCUGCCACAGGGCCUUAGAGAAACACCGUGUAGCUGAGGUUAAUGUGGGGUCACUGGACCUCCUAGAUAAGGCCAAGGUGGUGAGGUCAACCUUAGCCAUGCACCGUAAGUCUCUGGAGGAGUCUGCCUUCAAUAACCAGAUGAAGAUCCUAUUGUCCAAGAGAGAGGCCUCCAACCCUCUGUACCUGACAUUGGCCUGUGAAGAGCUAAGGCUGUACAGUGUCUUUGAGAAGAUAACUGGAAAACUGAGGUCCUUGCCCCAUACUGUAAGUCAGUUACUUGGAGACAUUCUGAGCCGUAUGGAGACAGAUGUGGGGAAGGGAUUGACGCGCACCUCACUGUGUCUGCUGGUCACGUCCAGAACAGGUCUUGGAGAAACAGAGCUACAUGAUUUACUCAGCUUGCACAGAGAGAUGGAGAAAUAUGAUUGCAGUGUAGAGGAACUGGCUAAAACAGAGCUACCUGCCAGCAAACUUCUACCGGCAGCCACCUUCCUUCGCCUACAGAGGGCGCUGCAUGCUUUCCUGCGGCCCUUGGACUCUGCGAAUCAAACUUUCUGCCUGGCUCACAUGGGGAUGGAGCAGGCAGUACGACAGAGGUACAUGAGCCAUGAUUCUGACGAGGUGCAACGUCAACUACAUAAGCUUCUCUCAGGUUAUUUCUGGCAUGUGGCUGACCCCAAGGCUGACAGUACCUGGCAGGGGGGUGAUGGGAAGGCGUUUUCGGAACUACCAUACCACCUGAUGUGUAGUGGCCAUUUUCAAGAACUGGAGACAAUACUCUGUGACUUAACCUUCUUAGAGAUGAAGUGUAGACAAGGGCAGAUAACUCAGCUGAUAGAGGACUUCUCCAUCAGGGAUUCCUGGAGAAAGUCCAGCAAGAAAAACCAGCAGAACUUCUUGGAGAAGAAGAAAGUGAAAGAGUACAAGUACUUUGUGUCCCGCCAUGCUCACAUCCUGGCUCGUCACCCAGGACUGACUCUCCAACAGGCCCUCAAUGACUACACUGAUUCCCAGCCAGCCCUGGAUGCUGAGCGACUUCUAAAGGCACGUCCAGCGGGUCAGAACUCGGGCACCAUCAGGUGGAACAACAGACCCCUGACCCCUGACCAGUGUAUGCUGACCAUUGCUGACCUACCCAGUGCGGUGCUUUGUGUGGCCGUGUCUCCCUGUGAGAGGAUCUUGGCCUGUGGGGACGCAGACUGUAUGGUGAAGCUCUAUGACACCACCUCUGGAAAGGAGCUGAGGACGUUCCAUGGCCACAGUAACAAACUGACCGACCUAUGUUUUGUGAAUGAGUUACGUCUGGUGUCAUCCUCCAAAGAUAAAAUGAUGUUCCUCUGGGAUGUGGCAUCUGGACAACGUGUAUCCACAUUAAAGGGCCAUGGCCGAUCUGUCAACUCUUGUGAUUCGAAUGGUAGCCUUAUCGCAUCGGCAGGUUGGGAUUGUAACGUAAAGGUCUGGGCGGUCAAGGACGGCAAGGAAGUCUGCGAGUUCAAGGACAUAAAGCCUAUAAACUGUGUGUCCUUCCAUCCUGAAGACGAGAGUGUAGUUACUGGGGGCUGGGAUUCAACCCUUAAGAUAUGGGACAUAUUCAACAGAAGACGGAAAGCAAUUUUACGUGGCCACAAGAGUUCUGUCAGAGAGGCAAGGUUUUCACCGUCUGGCAGGUACAUAGCGUCUGCAGCUUUGGAUGGAGAGGUCAAGCUUUGGUCAGCUCUGAACGGAGCACAGCUGGGUGAUAUUCAGGGCCACUCUCUGCCAAUCAACAAGCUGGUCUUUACUCCCUCUGGCAAGGAACUAGUCACUGUCAGCGAUGAUCAGAAAGUUAAGGUUUGGUCUGCUCAUCUGGGUAAACUGCUGCACAGCUUGGAGGAUGAAGUUAUCCCAGUUUCGGUCGCUCUGUCACCAGAUGGCACUAGUGUUGCCGUGGGUUACCAUUCAGGUCAGGUCCGAGUGUUUGAUGUGGAAUCAGGAUUGCUGAACUAUGAAAUAGCUGCGCAUGCUGACCCAGUCAGGUGUAUUACUUACACUAUCAGUGGGGAGAAUAUCAUCACAGGCUCAGAGGACUCCACCAGCAAGGUUUUUGAGAGUGGGACAGGGAAUGAGCUGUACAAGCUGAUGGGUCACAGCAAGCCUGUCCUGUGUGUCACGGCAGGAAAGACGCUUCUAUCCUCCACAUCAGAAGACUUUACAUGUUGUCUCUUCAGAUACCAGACACCCUAUAAACUCAAGAUCACGGAAAAUAAAAGUGUUUCACCCAUAGAGGUUCUGACCGGCCACAUUGCACCGGUAACCAGCUGCUCAUUCAACCCCUCAGAGACUAGAUUGGCCACUGCUAGCAGAGACAUGUCUGUGAGGAUCUGGGAUAUGACCACCAUUGACCUUGACCUAACUGACAUUGAACCAAUCAAAAUCUUGCAUGCCUGCCAUGCUGAUUGGAUCACAGAUUGUAAAUGGUCCAACAUUGGAGAUUUCUUGAUCACCUCCUCCAAUGAUUUCAAUGUGAAGGUUUGGGACAUCAAUGCUGAGAAAGAGAGGACAUCUCUGAUUGGUCAUUCCUCAACCAUCAAUGGCUUAGCCUACAAGUAUGGUUGUGUGGUCACUGCGUCCAGUGAUGGAACAGCCAAGGUGUGGUCCCAUAAAGGUACAGAGAUCACCACCCUGUAUGGACAUCAAGGUCGUGUGCUGGCCUGUGACAUGCUUGUCAAGGUCACAAAGGAGGAAGAAGAGAAGGAAUCUGAGCCAAGCUGGGGAGAUCAGGUUGAGGAACUGGAGAAGUCCAAGAAGGAGAAAGCUCCUCCUGUGUCAUUUGAGGAGGUUGUUGUUGUAACCUGUGAUGACAUUGGCUCUAUCAAACUGUGGAAACCCCUCCAGGCAAAUGAAGUGACCUGUCUGACUGGUCAUUCAGACCGAGUAGUUUCACUGGACUGUUUUAAAUCUGGAACUAUCUGCACCAGUUCCCUUGACAAGUCUGUGAAAUUAUGGGCUGGACAAGUGAGAUCUGGGGAUGUGAUUGGUCAACACAAUGGAGAGGUUACAUGUGUAGCGUCAUCGUGGGAUGAGGCAUUGGUUGCUACAGGCAGCAGAGAUGGCUGCUUGAAGGUCUGGGUCAAAGGUCAGACAGAGGAGGCCAGUCAGAGCUUCAGACUGGCUGUGUCUGUACAGGCUCAUGGUAAAUCGCUGAACGCUAUCUGUUUUGUGAGGGAGGACAGUCUGGCCACAGGGUCGGAUGACGGCACUAUCAACCUCUGGCGGAUCCUGAGGCGAGGGAAUGUGUGUCUGCGGCGAAUGUUGUUAGAGCUGAGGACAGAUAGCCCGAUUAGCUGCCUGGCACACCAUGCAGUUGGCUCCUUGGUGUCAGGAGAGUGGACUGGGGAAGUUAAAGUCUGGCAUCUGGAUCUGGAUAAUGACAAACUUCUCGCUUGUAACAGCUCCAAAGUUGGCUCAGUGCCGGGCCAUGGUGACUGGGUAACAAGCAUGAAGUGCCAUAAUCAGUACUCCUCCUACCUGUUCUCAGUGGGAGCGGACGGUAAACUGGGGCUCUGGCACCUCAAUACCAGGAGUAAGAUGCAACAGUUCUGGUCUUCUCAGAUAAUAUUUCAUGUGUACAAUGGUGAACAGCAUUAUGGUGGGAGGAAACCAAGCAGAGCCCAAAGACUGGAGUGGAAACCCAAGACCAUUCGCAGGUUGCUGGCUGACCUUCCCAUGUACAGCCGGAUUGGAAGCAAGGAUAAUCAACUGAAGAUUUUCCCAGAAUGCCAAGCUCUGGCAACUGUUGAGUCUAACAGUAAGGCCUGCCUCUCUGAUGUUGGCGUGUGUGGAAAGGAGUGCUUUGUGGGUAACUCAGAGGGUUAUCUGUCCAAGUGGGUACAGUCCACUCACCAGCAGGGUCUUCCUGUGACUGUGGAGCUUUUCAACACAAACAAGGUCCAUGAUGGAGCUAUAUCAGCUGUUGUGGUCACCAAGCAUUUAGUGUUCACAGCUUCUCUUGACAGCACCAUUAAAGUCUGGACCCAUGAUGGUACUCAGGUUGGUCAGUUCUGUUGCCCCUCCCCAGUUACCUGUCUGAGGAGCAGCAGCCAGUCAGUGAAGAAAGUGGGAGACAGCCAUGGCCUGAUCUGUGGUGACAAGCUGGGCAAUGUCUACUUCCUUACCUGGACCAUGUGAUCACUAUCAAGCCUCUGGGAUUUAAAUGUUUAGGGGAACAUUGUUAUAUUGUUUGCGAAACACUAGAAUUUAAUUUAAUCUUGGACUAUUGAACAUUGUGUAUAUUUCUCAGUUGUUAUCAUGCACUCAUGUGACACUGAUUACUAAUUUGCUUGACUUUAUUGUGUUUUUGAAGUAUAUUUACAAGUUACAAAAUUAUCAGUUGCUAGAGUAUAGCACUCUUAAGUGUGAUCAAGUUGAAUAGCAUUUUUGAUAGAAUUUUGAAUAAUUUGGGAAGACUGUGAUGAAAGUUUAGACAGUGGUUUAUUAAUAUACACUUUACCUAUGUUCUUGUUAUGAUGGUUGGAAACACUGUGUAGACCUGUGUACUUUAGCGAAGCAGUAUUACAUCGAUACUCAUCAGAGUGUAUAAAAGGAUUAUGAGGAUUGUGAAGUAUUCAACAUUCUUAAAAACUGACCUGAAAGGAAGUUUGUUGUUAUAUUUGGAAAAUAUUAUCACAGUCUUCUCAAGACAUAUUUACUAUAGUGGUAUCAUGAACUGAUAUGGCAUAAAAAUAUUAGGUAAAAUAAAACG